AGUUUCACCCACCCCCCCCACCACCACCACUCAUCUCCCUCCCCUUCUCCUCCUCCCUCUAUCCUGCGCCGCCCCCCCUUAUUUUUCCCCAUCAUCCCUUUCUAUCUCCUCCCCCUGCUAACGUAACGUAACCCAACCGGAAACCCUAUGGCUUCCUCAUCCUCCCCACCGCCGACGGACGCCAUCGCCGCCAUCGAUAGACCUCCCAGCCCCAUCACAGCCACGCCGGGCCCACCCACGGCGGUCCCGCUUCCCCUCUCUCUCCCUGCCCCACCCGAACCGGAGACCGAUACCCAACCAACACCCACCACCACCACCGCCACGGUCUCGCGCCGCUUGCCACCGCCGUGCUGGUCGCACGACGAGACCGUGGCCUUGAUCGAUUCGUACCGCGAGAAGUGGUACUCGCUCAGGCGGGGGAACCUGAAGGCGACCCACUGGCAGGAGGUUGCGGAUUCGGUCGCGCGGCGGUGCUCGGCCGCGGCGCCGGCCAAGACGGCCGUGCAGUGCCGGCACAAGAUGGAGAAGCUUCGCAAGCGGUACCGCACGGAGCUCCAGCGCGCCCGAUCCAUGCCCGUGUCCCGCUUCGCCUCCUCCUGGGUCCACUUCAAGCGCAUGGACGCCAUGGAAAAAGGCCCCACCUCUACCCCAUCCUCCGUCUCCGCCUCCAAGCGCCGUGAGAGCACUAUCGAAAACGCCUCUGAUAGCGAUUACGGGAACGAAAUCGAGCUCGAAGACGACGAGAACGAGGAGGACCAGGACUUGUACGAAGAGUUCAAAAAUGGAGGCUCCAAUAUGAGGCACAUGAGCAAAUUGUAUCGGAACAAUGGGAUUGGUGGGGGUGGUGGUGCUGGUAGUGGUGGGUUUCGGAUUAGAAUUCCCACUGGGGUGAGUAUAGCGCAGCCGGGGUCGAAAUUUUACGGCGGCAACAAAUACAAUUCGAAUUCGAGCCCUAGCCCUAACCCUAUCCCUAGUUCGAGCUCUGCUGGGAAUUUUGGGGCUAGGGGUUUGAGGGAGUGCAAUUCGGCGAGGCAGGGUUCGGGAAAGAGGGAGAGGGACCCGGUGACGGAGAUGGUGUCGGCGAUCAAGGUUUUGGGAGAUGGGUUUGUGAGGAUGGAGCAGAUGAAGAUGGAGAUGGCUAGGGAGAUCGAGGCGAUGCGGAUGGAGAUGGAGAUGAAGCGCACCGAGAUGAUCCUGGAGUCGCAGCAGCGUAUCGUGGAGGCGUUUGCAAAGGCCUUCUCUGAGAAGAGCAAGAAGAAGAAGGCAAAGCGAAUGCCCUCGCCGCCGGAGGCUUAGAACGUGUUUUUGGCGAUCGGAUUUUGUGGGGUUUCUUGGCCUUGUUGGUGCCACCCAACGGGUGUUUUGUUUUGUUUUGUCUAGUUUUUGGUGCAGUUGAGAGCUGAGGAGUGGCUUCGCAUUGGACACUCAAUGGAGAGCUUUUUCCGCUCAAAGAGGCCAAAGUGACUGAGAUAAUGUCAGUUCUGUAGCUUCGUUCUUGGUGUUCUAUUUGGAACUUGACUAGUUGUAGCUUGAUUUUCAGUGAAAAAUGUAGUCUUGUUUUCCGUAUAUGUCCCCGUAAAGGCAUCAUCAUCAAUCAUAUAUUGUUGGCUUUUGUGUUC